ACUUUGAAUUCUUCAUCAGAGGCCGCCGCUUGGUCGAGGCGUUCGGGCCCCUGUCGGAGUCGGAGGAUUGGCAGAUGCCCAGUGGGUCCGGGCUAAGUCAGGGAAAACAAAGCCACAGUCAGUGGAGUCCACGUCGAGCCACAGCGCAUGGCAGACACGUGACUCAGCCACAUUCCAAUUUCUGGCCCUAGCGUGCGCAUUUUCCGAAGCCCACACCAAAAUAUUCGAAUCCAACCCACCCUAGGAACAUCACGACAUCGACAUUGACUCGGUAACCUCGACAUCGCAGCCAAAAUGCCGAGCCACAAGACUUUCCGUGUCAAGCAGAAGCUGGCCAAGGCCCAGAAGCAGAACCGGCCCAUUCCCCAAUGGAUUCGGCUCCGCACUGGCAAUACCAUUAGGUACAACGCCAAGCGGAGGCAUUGGCGCAAGACCCGCCUCGGCCUCUGAAUGCCGUCCUCUUCCUCCCUCGUUUCACUUUUAACGGAGUAUGCUAUGGUACUUGAGGGUCAAGAGGAAAACGGAAUGAGAUAUGCAUUUUGUGGACCUUGCGAAGACGAGUAGUCCAUAUCC